AGGAGGCCGCCGCGGGCUCGGCGCUCAGCAUGAACCGCAGCCACCGGCACGGGGCGGGCAGCGGCUACCUGGGCACCAUGGAGGUGAAGAGCAAGUUUGGAGCUGAAUUUCGUCGUUUUUCACUGGAAAGAUCAAAACCUGGAAAAUUUGAGGAGUUCUAUGGAUUACUGCAACAUGUUCAUAAGAUACCCAAUGUUGACGUUUUAGUAGGCUAUGCAGACAUCCAUGGGGACUUACUACCUAUAAAUAACGAUGAUAAUUACCACAAAGCUGUUUCAACAGCCAACCCACUGCUUAGGAUUUUUAUUCAAAAGAAGGAAGAAGCAGACUACAGUGCCUUUGGUACAGACACGCUAACAAAGAAGAAGAAUGUCUUAACUAAUGUAUUGCGUCCUGACAACCAUAGAAAAAAGCCACAUAUAGUCAUUAGUAUGCCCCAAGACUUCAGACCCGUGUCUUCCAUUAUAGAUGUGGAUAUUCUCCCAGAAACACAUCGUAGGGUGCGUCUUUACAAAUACGGCACAGAGAAACCCCUAGGGUUCUAUAUCCGGGAUGGCUCCAGUGUCCGGGUGACACCACAUGGCUUAGAGAAGGUCCCAGGGAUCUUCAUAUCCAGGCUUGUCCCAGGAGGCCUGGCUCAAAGCACAGGACUCUUAGCUGUUAACGAUGAAGUUCUAGAAGUUAAUGGCAUAGAAGUUUCAGGGAAGAGUCUUGAUCAAGUAACAGACAUGAUGAUUGCAAACAGCCGCAACCUCAUUAUAACAGUGAGACCAGCGAACCAGAGGAAUAAUGUUGUUAGGAACAGUCGGACUUCCGGCAGCUCUGGCCAGUCUACUGAUAACAGUCUCCAUGGCUACACACAGCCGACUGAAUCAAGCUUUCAGUUUGACGAAGACAGUGAUGAAGAUGACAUAAUUAUUGAAGAUAACGGAGCACCGCAGCAGAUCCCUAAAGCUGUGCCAGCUGCCGAGAGCCUGGAGUCGUUGGCACAAAUAGAACUCAGUUUCGAGUCUGGACAGAAUGGUUUUAUUCCUUCUAACGAAGUGAAUUUAGCACCCGGACCAAGUGGCACGAACACAGAAUCUGAAACACGUGCUCCAGAUCACAAACUUUUAGAAGAAGAUGGAACAAUCAUAACAUUAUGAAACCGUCAUUAGAAUGUUUUCUGAGAGAGGCUGCCACAGGGACUUGUAAGUUUGGCUAGUUUAAAGUGUGCAUAUACCUCUGAGCCAGUGAUACGGAAUAGGCAUGAGAAAAAUAGUAUUGCAAGCUUAAAAUGUUAUUAAAAUAAUAGUUUGAUAAUUGUUAAUACAAACUCCGGUGGAUCAGAGGUGAAUAUAAGUCUGUGAACGGUGGGGCCUUUGCUUAAUGAAAUCACAUGCUUUUGCUAUUUUGUCUGGAAAACUGGAUAUUAGAGCACAUUUUCAGAACUCUGGGGGAGGGAAGACUGCAUCAUUUCCGUUUGAAGUGGUUGCAUAUUUAACCUGCUGUGCAGAGCCCAGUUAACUGUGUUUUUUUUUUUAAUUCUAAUGUGAAGAAGUCUGACUCUCUUUCAGUACCUUGGGGACCUGAGCUCAUAUGUUCCCAGCAUUUUACUUUGAUUUUUUAAUGUUCCCGUGUUGCUGAUUGUAACAAAUUAUUUCCUGAAAUGCAUUUUUUCCUAAUUUCUGAGAGAUCAAACCAGUUGGCUGUUUUAGGAGUUGGAUCUCACAUUAUAAAGCACUGGGGCUAUGUUCCUGAACUAGGGAAUUCUGUAGCAGUUGUUCAAGUUGGUGUCUGUCCAUCCUGUAGCUUACAUAUUUACAGACUAAUUCCAUGUAGGUAUAGUUUAUAUUUUAAAAAGCAAUCCCAUUGACUGGUAAUAUGGGAGACCUCUCCUUUAACCUAUUGUCCUCAUUCCCAGUUUCACUGAAAAGCAUCCCUUUUGUUUUUGUGCUGUGUUUUGUUGGUGUGCUUUUAUACUCUCUUAUUGUAUUCAAGUAGUUUGAAUUGUUUUAGAUGGAAAAAAAAGCACCCAAACUUAAGAGAUUUUUACACGCAAGACAAACUUGUGCACUUUCUAUACAAAAAAAUUGAAUUUUCUUAAUGGGAUUUCUAGGAACGCUGCCUACACUUUAUGAGAAAUAAUAUAUUCACCUUGGACAGGUAGAGUUUAUCACUGUUAAUUUUAUGAGGCUAUUUAUUACCUUCCAGUGCAUCCACUUAGAACAAGGUAAGAAUAAGGCUGCUAACUUUCCUUUGUUGCCUGAUUUCUUUGGUAUGUAUCAUUGUACGGUGGGCACAAGCACUGUGGUAUGCUUGUAUAUAGAACUUAAGACUAUUAUGGUGUACAUAAGUUCCCUAUGGCUUAUGGACAUUUCUCCCAGAGUUAUUUAUUAAUUAAUUUUAUGGUAGGGCUAGUAUGAAUACCUUUAUAACAAUUGUGUGCUAUUAAAACAAUGAAGAAUCAACUGACUCCGUUUUGAAGGAUAUUUUCUCUAUAUGGAAAAAUAUGAGAAGAAAUAAAGUCUUGAUUAAAUGAAGAUCACUUGACUCAAAAUACUUACGUGUAUUUUGUUCAUAUUACCACUAAACAUAUUAUCACCGAACUAUUAACGGACCGCACAGCAAUAUGUGAUACCAUGUAGUUUUUGUUGAAUUCACUGAAAUUCUUCCAUUUGUCUACUCCUGUUUUUUAAUGGCGUUCCAGCUUUAAUGUUCCGUGAGCCUCAGGAAUUUUGACUCUAGAGUGACAAAAUAAUGUUGGUGUUCAGGAGGCUAAAUUUCAUUUAUGAUGUUAGUGGUGCAGGGGUUCAACAUUUAAGUAAGAAUACUUUCACACACUACCUCUCUCUUUUUUUUUUUUUUUUUUAACAAAGUUGUAACAUCUAAAGUUUUGGGGAAAAAAAUACUUCAGGGCUUGACUUUUUGUACAAAUUUUAACUGUAAAAUACAAAUUUAUCUUGUGUAUAUUAAUGAAAAUGGAAAUCAAAGCUGCUAGUGCUUUUUAUUUUAAUUAUCCUGCUGAGAAUAUGUGUCACUGGUGUUUUUAACUGUAUCUCUGUCAUUUAAAUUAUCGGCGAAAUAAUUAUUAGACAUAUUGUAAAACCAAAAGGCCUUGGUUAUACAAUAAAAUGUCAAUUCAUUGGUA